CCUUGUUACCAUCCUUACUCAGACUUUUGACUCUGUGCAGUAAUCUUCACUCUCUCUUUCAUGUCUGAUUCAGAGUUUCUGAACUCCUUCUCUCUCUAAUGGCAGACCUGAUAUCCUAAACACGUUCUCUUCAAAACUCAAAACAACUCACACACUUUCCAUCUCCUCUCUCUAACUAUCUUCAAAAAAUGAAACCCCUGUAUAUCACCACCACCACCACCUCUCUCUUUCUCCUCCUCUCUCUCUUUCUCCUCCACUUAUCACCAUCCCACUCUUCCUCUCAAAAAGACCCAACUACUUCACAACUUAUCAACUUCAAAGAAACUCUCCCAAACCCAUCUCUUCUCCAUGAUUGGCUACCAAACCAAAACCCAUGUUCAUUCACUGGUAUCACCUGUAACCAAACCACCUUAACUUCCAUAGACCUCACCUCUAUCCCACUCAACACAAAUCUCACCGUUAUCACCACUUAUCUUCUCACCCUCGACCACCUUCAAAUCCUCACCCUUAAGUCCACUAACCUCACUUCCUCUCCCAUUUCCCUCUCCCAUUUUUUCAAGUGUAGUUCCUCACUCACUACCAUAGAUCUAUCACUAAACACUUUCUCUGGUCCCUUCUCUCAGUUCACCUUUCUUUCCUCUUGCUCAGCACUUCAAUCUCUUAACCUCUCCAACAACCUUCUCGAAUUUGAUUCUCCUAAGUGGAGACUCAGUUCAACUCUUCAAGCUCUUGACCUUUCUUACAACAAGUUUUCCGGUCCUAAUUUUUUCCCUUGGAUCUUCAACCAUGAAUUACAGCUUUUAUCUCUCAGAGGAAACAAAAUCACUGGCGAAACCGAUUUCUCCGGUUACACUAAACUCCGUUAUUUAGACAUUUCUUCAAACAAUUUUUCCGUUUCAAUUCCUUCUUUCGGUGACUGUUCCUCUCUUCAACACCUUGACCUCUCUGCAAACAAGUACUUCGGCGACAUUACCGGAACUCUCUCACCUUGCCAAAACCUCCUUCAUCUCAACCUCUCCGGUAAUCAGUUCACCGGUCCGGUUCCUUCACUCCCCUCCGGUUCGCUACAGUUCCUAUACCUCGCCGCAAAUCACUUCGCCGGAAAAAUUCCGGCGCGUCUUGCAAGCCUCUGCUCAACCUUAGUUGAACUCGAUCUCUCUUCCAACAACCUCACCGGACCUAUCCCCGGAGAGUUCGGCGCGUGCUCUUUGUUGAAAUCCUUCGACAUAUCGAGCAACAAAUUCGCCGGUGAACUUCCGAUGGAAGUUUUAACAGAGAUGAAAAACUUAAAAGACCUUGCGGUAGCGUUUAACCACUUCGUAGGUCCACUCCCGGUGUCACUGUCAAAGCUAACGGGUUUAGAAUCGUUAGAUCUGAGUUCUAAUAACUUCACCGGUACAAUACCUAGGUGGCUUUGCGAAGAAGAAUCAGGGAAUAAUUUGAAGGAACUUUACCUACAAAAUAACGGUUUCACGGGUUUUAUUCCACCAACGCUUGGUAACUGUUCAAACCUCGUUGCUCUUGAUUUAAGCUUCAACUUCCUCACGGGAACCAUUCCUCCAAGUUUAGGUUCUCUUUCGAAGCUUCGUGAUUUAAUCAUGUGGCUGAAUCAGCUUCACGGUGAAAUUCCUCAAGAGCUUCAAAACAUGGAGAGUCUUGAGAAUUUGAUUCUGGAUUUCAAUGAGUUGAGUGGAAGCAUUCCCUCAGGGCUAAUGAAGUGCACUAAGCUUAAUUGGAUCUCACUCUCCAAUAACAGGCUUUCCGGCGAGAUUCCUCCGUGGAUUGGGAAGCUCAAUAAUUUGGCUAUAUUGAAGUUGAGCAAUAACUCUUUCUCUGGGAAGAUUCCACCGGAGUUAGGAGAUUGCCCUAGCUUGAUAUGGUUAGAUCUGAAUACAAAUAAUCUUACAGGACCAAUACCUCCUGAGUUGUUCAAACAAUCGGGGAAAAUCGCGGUUAAUUUCAUUAGCGGGAAGACGUACGUUUACAUUAAAAAUGAUGGUAGUAAAGAAUGUCACGGGGCAGGGAACUUGCUGGAAUUUGCAGGGAUAAGUCAGCAACAAUUGAACAGGAUUUCAACAAGAAACCCUUGCAAUUUCACUAGGGUUUAUGGAGGUAAGCUUCAGCCAACGUUUAACCAUAAUGGUUCAAUGAUCUUUUUGGAUAUUUCACACAAUUAUUUGUCUGGUACUAUUCCUUUGGAAAUUGGUGAAAUGUACUAUCUCUACAUUUUGAAUUUGGGCCAUAAUAAUAUAUCUGGUAACAUUCCCCAAGAGCUUGGUAAGAUGAAGAAUCUCAAUAUACUUGAUCUUUCAUAUAAUUUGCUAGAAGGUCAAAUUCCUCAACCCUUGACAGGGCUUUCAUUGCUCACGGAGAUUGAUUUGUCCAACAAUUAUCUCUCUGGAUUGAUUCCAGAGUAUGGUCAAUUCGAUACUUUUCCGGCUGUGAAAUUCAUGAACAACUCUGGUCUAUGCGGGGUUCCUCUUCCUCCGUGUGAGGCAUACGGCGGAGGAGCAGGUGAGAGUUUGCAACGUCAGAAGUCUCAUAGGAGACAAGCAUCUCUUGCAGGAAGUGUUGCAAUGGGGUUGCUUUUCGCACUUUUCUGCAUUGUUGGUCUGGUUAUUAUUGCCAUUGAGACAAGAAAGAGGAGGAAGAAAAAGGAGGCUGCCAUUGAUGGCUUCAUUGACAAUUCUCAUUCUGGGAAUGCCAAUGUCAGCUGGAAACUGACCACUGCUCGGGAAGCUCUCAGCAUAAACCUUGCAACAUUUGAAAAGCCUCUACGAAAGCUCACUUUUGCGGAUCUUCUGGAGGCCACCAAUGGCUUUCACAAUGACAGUCUCAUUGGUUCUGGCGGUUUCGGCGACGUGUAUAAAGCUCAGUUGAAAGAUGGAAGUAUUGUGGCCAUCAAGAAAUUGAUACACGUUAGUGGGCAAGGGGAUAGAGAAUUCACAGCUGAAAUGGAAACCAUUGGAAAAAUCAAGCACAGAAACCUUGUUCCUCUUCUGGGAUACUGCAAAGUUGGAGAGGAAAGACUUUUGGUUUAUGAGUACAUGAAAUAUGGAAGUCUAGAAGAUGUCCUGCACCAUCCGAAGAAAGCUGAGAUCAAGAUGAAUUGGUCAGUGAGGAGGAAGAUAGCAAUUGGAGCUGCAAGGGGAUUGGCUUUUCUUCACCAUAAUUGUACCCCACACAUCAUUCACAGAGACAUGAAAUCAAGCAAUGUAUUACUUGAUGAAAAUUUGGAAGCUAGGGUCUCUGAUUUUGGAAUGGCUAGGCUUAUGAGUGUUAUGGAUACACAUUUGAGUGUUAGCACGCUAGCGGGCACGCCGGGAUAUGUUCCUCCAGAAUACUAUCAAAGCUUUAGAUGCUCCACAAAAGGCGACGUUUAUAGUUAUGGUGUGGUUUUGCUCGAGUUGCUGACGGGUAAAAUGCCGACGGGCUCGUCUGAUUUUGGUGAUAACAAUCUUGUUGGAUGGGUGAAACAACAUGCCAAACUUAAAAUAAUUGAUGUUUUUGAUCCAGAGCUUAUGAAAGAAGACCCCAAUUUGGAGAUUGAGCUUUUGCAGCACUUACAGGUAGCUUGUGCUUGUUUGGAUGAUAGACCUUGGCGGAGACCUACAAUGAUUCAAGUCAUGGCAAUGUUCAAGCAAAUACAAGCAGGUUCAGGGAUGGAUUCUCAGUCUACUAUAGCCACAGAAGAUGAAGGUUUCAAUGCCAUUGAAAUGGUUGAAAUGAGCAUUAAAGAAGUCCCUGAAUUAAUCAAGCAUUAGGCAACCAAUUUUUUCAAGAGAAAGACAAGUAAGGAGGAAGUGGUGACGCUUUUCAGCUCCAAAAAGUUUUUUUCUUUCUUCUUUGCUGCUUCCGAAAAUAUUAUUUCAGAUAUUUAUAAGAGGAAACGGUUUAAGGAGGGGUCUUUGAUCAUGUAUGUAGUCUUGUUAUUGUUGUAUACAUAAAAACAAUGUUGUUUAACUUGUAUAUAAACAGCUUCAGUUGUUGUUACCAAAAGACAGCUUCAGUUGUUACCAUCUGUGUUUUCUUAGAAUUUUUAAAGUACUUCUCAAUUAUUGUCAUUCAUUCAUA